CUUUGAAAGCGACGACAGACGGAAGUCUUUUAGAAUCAGGCUGAUUUGAUGUUCUGUGUUGGGACAGUGUUGACCUGAAAGAUGUCUGCAGGAGCAGAAGGAGAUGUUUUGUGCUUCUUUGUCAAUGGGAAAAAGGUAACCGAGGACCAUGCGGACCCUGAGACCACGCUGCUGUCCUUCCUCAGGGACAAACUGAGGUUAACUGGGACCAAGUAUGGCUGCGGCGGCGGAGGCUGCGGGGCUUGCACGGUCAUGGUGUCGCACUACCAACCCGCCACCAAAACCAUCAUACAUUACGCGGUCAACGCCUGCCUGCUGCCGAUCUGCCAGCUUCACGGAGCCGCCGUCACCACGGUGGAGGGCGUCGGCAGCUCCCGGACCAGGAUCCACCCUGUCCAGGAGCGGAUAGCCAAGGCCCACGGCUCCCAGUGUGGCUUCUGCACCCCGGGGAUGGUGAUGUCCAUGUACACUCUGCUGAGGAACAAACCUCAGCCCACCAUGGAGGACAUCACUCAGGCUCUGGCUGGUAAUUUGUGUCGGUGUACUGGAUAUCGACCCAUUGUUGACGGCUGCAGGACCUUCUGUCAGGAAGGGAAUUGCUGCCAAGCCAAUGGAGCUGCAAACUGUUGCCUCAACGGAGAGGAAACCCCUGAUGAGGCAGAACAUAAGAAGCCCCAGUUGUUCGACAAGGACGACUUCGUGCCACUGGAUCCGACACAGGAGCUGAUCUUCCCUCCUGAACUGAUUCUGAUGGCAGAAACGCCAAACCCGCAGACGCUCAGUUUCCGUGGGGAGAGGAUGAGCUGGGUGUCUCCGGCCUCGCUGGAGGAGCUCGUCCAGCUGAAGACCAGCAACCCCGCAGCUCCGCUCGUCCUUGGGAACACCAACAUUGGUCCUGACAUUAAGUUCAAAGGCGUCCUGCAUCCUCUGAUAAUAUCUCCAACCAGAGUGAGGGAGCUGUUCGAGGUCACUCAGACGCCACAUGGCGUUUGGGUGGGAGCGGGCUGCAGUCUGUCCGAGGUUCGGUCUGUUCUGGAGAAGAUGGUGCCGGACUUUCCGGAGGAGAACACCGAACUGUUCAGAGCUCUGAUCCAACAGCUGGGGAACCUGGGGAACCAGCAGAUCCGCAAUGUCGCCUCUCUCGGGGGCAACAUCAUGAGUGCGUACCCAAACUCAGACCUGAACCCUGUUCUGGCUGCCGGGAACUCCAAAGUGAGCGUCAUUUCCGGCGGAGGCAGACGAGAGGUUCCGCUGAAUCAAGACUUCUUCGUGAGCUUCGGAAAAACCAUCCUGAAGCCGGAGGAGAUCGUUGUUUCUGUCUUCAUUCCCUUCUCCAGAAAGGGGGAGUUUGUUCGAGUUUUCCGUCAGGCUCCGAGGAAGGAGAGCUCCUUCGCCACGGUGACGGCCGGGAUGAGAGUGUUUUUCUCAGAAGGAUCCAGGGAGGUGCAGGACCUCAGCAUUUACUUCGGAGGAAUGGGGCCGACCACGGUCAGCGCCGCCAAGACCUGCGCAGCUAUCGUCUCGAGGCCCUGGGAUGAUGAGACCCUCAGCCGGGCCUAUGACGUCCUCCUGGAUGAGUUGGUCCUCCCUCCUUCGGCUCCUGGAGGAAAGGUGGAGUUUCGUCGCUCUCUGACUCUCAGCUUCCUCUUCAAAUUUAACCUGGAGGUCCUUCAGAAGCUCAAAGAAACGGUAGGACGGGGAACUGAGUUAGAAAAACUGCAGUUUCUUUGUGUAUACCAGAGGCUGAGAAGGAGUUUGUGUUUGCAGAAUGUGAUGACGGAGGAGCUCCCUGAGCUGAUCCAGCCUUUGCCCCGAGACAUCCAACCCAGCCUGCAGGAGUUCCAGCAUGUGUCAAAGGACCAGAGCGAGCAGGACCCAGUGGGGCGUCCCAUCAUGCACCGCUCUGCCAUCAGCCAGGCCACAGGCGAGGCCGUGUACUGCGACGACAUCCCCAAGAUGGACGGGGAGCUCUUCCUGGUUCUGGUCACCAGCUCUCGAGCGCACGCCAAAAUCACAGGGCUGGACGCGAGCGAGGCUCUGCGGCUUCCCGGUGUCGUCGACGUCAUCACGGCCAAAGAUAUUCCUGGGAAGAAAGCCCGUGUGAUGUUUGGAUACGAGGAGGAGCUGCUCGCUCAGAGUGAGGUGUCGUGCAUCGGUCAGAUGGUGUGUGCGGUGGUCGCUGACACCAGGGCGCAUGCCAAACGAGGAGCAGCAGCCGUGAAGAUCAGCUACGAAGACCUGCCUGACCCGAUUUUUACCGUAGAGGAAGCCAUUGAGAAGUCGUCUUUCUUUGAGCCUCGGAGGGUGAUUGCGAGAGGGGAUGUGACUGAAGCCUUCAAAACUGUCGACCAGGUUUACGAAGGUGAGGUCCGACUGGGUGGCCAGGAGCAUUUCUACAUGGAGACCCAGAGCAUGCUGGUCGUUCCUGUCGGCGAGGAGACUGAGAUCGACAUCUACGUCGCCACUCAGUGGCCGGCGUUGAUGCAGGACAUUAUUGCGGAGGCGCUGGACAUCCCGUCCAACAGGGUCACCUGUCACGUCAAAAGGAUAGGCGGAGCUUUCGGCGGGAAGCUGACUAAAACCGCGAUACUGUCUGGUAUCACGGCUGUGGCUGCAUGGAAGACCGGUCGUGCAGUGCGCUGCGUCCUGGAGCGAGGCGAGGACAUGCUGAUCACAGGAGCCCGUCACCCCGUCCUGGGGAAAUACAAAGUGGGUUUCAUGAAUGAUGGAAGGAUUGUGGCGGCGGAUGUCCAGUUCUUCAGCAACGGUGGCAACACCAUCGAUGAUUCUGUUCUGGUAGGAGAGAAGAUGCUGCUUCACAUGGACAACGCCUACAACAUCCCCAACCUGCGGGGCCGUGUCUCCGCCUGCAUGACCAACCUGCCCUCCAACACCGCCUUCAGGGGCUUCGGCGUGCCCCAGAGCCUCAUGAUCGUGGAGAACAUGCUGAACGACGUGGCCAUGGUGCUGGGACGCCCUGCGGACCAGAUUCAGGAGAUCAACAUGUACAAGGGGCCGUCGGUCACCCACUACAAGUUUGAGUUCAGCCCAGAGAACAUGCUGCGCUGCUGGGAGGAGUGUAAGGUCAAGGCUGAGUACGGCGAGCGCCGCAGAGCUGUCGACCAGUUCAACCGGCAGAACCGCUGGAAGAAGAGGGGCAUGUCCAUCAUCCCCAUUAAGUAUGGGGUCUCGUUUGGAGAAGGUGUCUUCACUCAGGCUGCAGCUCUGGUCCACAUCUACAAAGACGGCUCGGUCCUGGUCAGUCAUGGCGGGACGGAGAUGGGACAGGGGAUCCACACUAAGAUGCAACAGGUGGCGAGUCGGGAGCUUCAUAUCCCGUCCUCUAAGAUCUACAUCAGUGAAACCAGCACCAACACCGUCCCCAACGCCUGCCCGUCUGCGGCCUCCUUCGGCACCGACGCCAACGGCAUGGCGGUCAAGAAUGCCUGCGAGACUCUGUACAAGCGGCUGGAGCCAAUCAGGCAGAAGUACCCCAAAGGAUCAUGGGAGAGUUGGGUCAGCAAAGCGUUUGUGGAGAAAAUCAGUUUAUCAGCCACCGGAUUCUUCAGGGGCCAAGACCUUUACAUGGACUGGGAAAAUAUGAAAGGGGAGCCCUACGCUUACUUCACCUACGGAGUGUGUUGCUGUGAAGUGGAGCUGGACUGCCUCACAGGAGACUACCGGACGGUGAGGACGGACCUGGUGGUGGACAUCGGCAGGAGUGUGAACCCCUCGGUGGACAUCGGACAGAUUGAAGGGGCGUUCAUGCAGGGUUUGGGUCUCUUCACUAUGGAGGAGUUGAAGUUUUCCCCCUCCGGGCUCCUGUACACUCGAGGUCCGUCUCAGUACAAGAUCCCCGCGGUGUGCGACGUGCCGCUUCGAUUCAACGUUUAUCUGCUGUCGGACUCCCACAACCCCCACGCCAUCUACUCCUCAAAGGGUAUCGGAGAACCCAUCCUGUUCCUGGGCAGCUCGGUGUUCUUCGCCAUCAAAGACGCCGUGGCUGCGGCCCGCUCUGAGUCCGGAUUGGUCGGCCCGUUUUCCCUGGACAGCCCCGCCACGCCGGAGAGGGCCUGUCUGGCGUGUGCCUCCCCGUUCACGAAGAAGAUUCCAGCCAGCGAACCAGGAUCAUUCAAACCGUGGGCCUUAAACAUCUAACCCUGAGUCUGUUUUUCUAAAGCCAAGCUGAGCGUGAGCUAAAUCUAACUAACAACGAUUAAAUCACAGUUUUUUUGCUAAUCUUCUCUUUUCUCUUUAUGUAAAAUCAAAAUAAAAAAAAAUCUAAUCAAACAAAUGAGACUUGUGCUCCUACAGUAUCGCUUUGUCAGAAGAUUAAGCAGCUAGUGAACAUGUUGAAUAAACGCAGCGUUUCCUCUGUGUUCACUCAGCACGCAGCCACGCUGAGCAGUCCGGCCUUUUUGUUUCUAUGUGACCUUGGACGGACUGAGUAACAUCCUGGCCCGACUUCCAGCUGCGAGACAGUACUUGUACGUUAGUGUAGUAUCUGAGCCUGCAUUCUGUACUGUCUCCUGUGUAUUCGUUGAGUUUCGUGGUUCCCAGUUCGGGAUGGCCGUUGCAGAUGAGCUCAGUGUGGUUUUGUGUUAUGCUUCAUGCUUGUUCCUAUACAAAUAAACAUGAAAUAAAAUUUUGAGCUGACACCGCA